AUGUCUCGUGAAUUUCAGUUUGAGAACGAAGAGGCGAUCUGUUGGAAAACGACGGUGACGCCCAACCUCCCACUGAAGAUGCAUCGUCACGACAGAGCGCGCGUUAUCGUCGCUCUUCAGGGAGGCGUGCUCAAGCGCGUGGACGAAGACGGUUCGACGCGUGAUUUGGUGUUUGAAACGGGCAAGGCGUACUGGUACGAGGCUGAUCCGCCGGAUAACUUACACGCGGACGUUAACGAGGGGUCAGAAGAUGUUGUCGUCAUCGUCACAGAGUUCAAGACGGAUGAAGAUCGAAAUGGAACUCGAAACGCUCGCGCAGAUUGCGGAUGUGGCGAAGGGGGGAAGUGUGACUGCAGAUCGAGAAUAGGAUUUCCAUUCAAGAUGCCUCUCGGGUGGGAGCCUCCUACGACGAAAAAGUAG